UCCUUUCCUAGGAGAGCUACACAGACAGGUCUGUCACAAUACUGAUUUGCUCUUCUCCUUUUCUUGCUUAAUGUUACCCUGUGUGACUUUAGGAGAUCACUUUUUCUCUUACUACACUGACUGUGAACUUUGGACUGUGCUGCACAAAAUUCAACUUACUAAAUAUCUUCAGGCAUAGAGGAAAGAAUCUGAAUUCUUCAUCAUGUGGCUCGCUGUGCUGGUGGUGUUGGUCCUCAUCCUCCUGUACAGAUGGUACAGACAGAGUCAGAUACUGGAGAAUCUCACAGAUAAAUAUGUCUUCAUCACCGGAUGUGACACUGGAUUUGGGAACCUGUUGGCGAAGCAGCUGGACAGACGUGGAAUGAGGGUUCUGGCUGCUUGUUUGUCUGAUAAAGGAGCUGAGAACCUGAAGAAGGAGACCUCCAGCAGGCUGCAGACUGUAAUACUGGAUGUUACUGACAGCAAAAGUGUGAGCUCUGCUGCCAAGUGGGUAUCAAGUGCUGUUGGAAAUACAGGGCUCUGGGGCUUGGUGAAUAAUGCUGGGUUUGGAUUGGCCUUUGGUCCUAAUGAGUGGCAAACAAUUGAAGAUUUUUCCAAAGUUCUGAACGUGAAUUUGCUCGGUGUGAUCAACGUGACGCUGCACCUGCUGCAUCUUGUCCGAAAGGCCCGAGGACGCAUUGUUAAUGUAUCCAGUGCUGGGGGAAGACUGUCUGUUCUGGGAGGAGGCUAUUGCAUAUCUAAGUUUGGUGUGGAGGCCUUCUCAGACAGCCUAAGAAGGGAAAUGCGUGAUUUUGGAGUAAAAGUCUCAAUCAUUGAACCAAGUGGUUUUCGAACAAUGAUAUUAUCGUCUGAAGUCCAAGUAAAUUACCUGAGGCGUCUGUGGGAAAAUCUCCCUACAGCAGUGAAGGAGAGCUAUGGUGACCACUACUAUGAGCAAUGUACUAAGGUAUGUGAAAAUCUAUUUAAAAAUGCCGACCCAAGAAUUCAUAUGGUCCCAGACUGCAUGGAACAUGCUGUGACUGCUGUCUACCCUUGGACAAGAUACUCUCCUGGCUUGGACUGCAAGCUCUUCUACCUCCCUCUGUCCUACCUCCCUACUGUCAUAUCUGACUACGUUCUGUGUCGCUUAGCACCCAAACCAGCUUGUAACUGACAACAAAAUAAAGCAGUGUGAGAUGGUUCCUUAUGUCUAAAUAGCAUUUGUGUCACCAACAAAAAAGUUUCUAAUUUUAGAAAUAAUCCAUCCAACAAUGUAUACAAUAAAUUUCUUAUACAAUGCUGACUUAUUUUCCACAAAUAAAUAUGAAUUA